UUUCAUUUCCUAACUGCAGCAAUCGCGAGUCUAUCGCAUAGAUAAAACAGUCCAAUAAAUACUAGGCCAGUAGAGCAGUGUAUCUCUCAUUGCGUGUUACAUACUAGGCAACUAAUGCAAAGCUUCUCAUAGUGUCAUAGGACUACAGCAAAAUGUGGGCAGGACUCAUAGUACGAGGUAAGACAAGCCAAGGGUUUCUCAUCUUUUUAAUACCACCUAAAUGAUACGUAAGUCAGGGUGGGAACGAGAACUGCGAUUGGGGCGAAACAUCAAAGUACCAUCACAUCGUCCGAAGCGAAACAUCAAAGUACCACCAAACCGUCCGGGGCGAAGCAUCAAAGUACCAUCACACCAUCCUGGGCGAAGCAUCAAAGUACCAUCACACCGUCCAGGGCGAAACAUCAAAGUACCAUGACACCGUCCGGGGCGAAGCAUCAAAGUACCAUGACACCGUCCGGGGCGAAGCAUCAAAGUACCAUCACACCGUCCGGGGCGAAGUAUCAAAGUACCACCACACCAUCCGGGGCGAAACAUCAAAGUACCAUCACACCGUCCGGGGCGAAGCAUCAAAGUACCAUCACACCGUCCGGGGUGAAACAUCAAAGUACCAUCACACCGUCCGGGGCGAAGCAUCAAAGUACCAUCACACCGUCCGGGGCGAAGCAUCAAAGUACCAUCACACCGUCCGGGGCGAAACAUCAAAAUACCAUCACAUCGUCCGGGGCGAAACAUCAAAGUACCAUCACACCGUCCGGGGCGAAGCAUCAAAGUACCAUCACACCAUCCGGGGUGAAGCAUCAAAGUACCAUCACACCGUCCGGGGCGAAACAUCAAAGUACCAUCACACCGUCCGGGGCGAAGCAUCAAAGUACCAUCACACCGUCCGGGGCGAAACAUCAAAGUACCAUCACACCGUCCGGGGCGAAACAUCAAAAUACCAUCACAGCGCAUUCAUCAAUAGAUGAUGUAUCAUAUAAUCAUAUAUGAAGAUAAAUGGAUGAUAGACAAUUUUGGUGUCUCCGUUGUUGGCAGCUUUUGGCGCCCGGGGCAUAUGCCACAUUUACCAACCUCUUAUGAUCACCGCAUAGAGAAAUGCGCAGUUACUGGUUUAGUGUUUCAUUCAAACUUCUUUUACCGCAAUCGCUUUGACACCUCUGUAUUAAUAAUGAGGUUUAAAAUGUUUUUUGACUUGAUAUUUUCACAUUUUUUGAAAAGCUUCUUGUUUGAAACGAUUUCCUGUUGCUAAAAGAAGUUAUAACCGUAACGUACUUGUAUUUGUUUGAAUAUUUAAUGUUCCUUGUCCCCGGAUCAAUGUUCUAUCCGACCAGCAUCUUCCCAUAAAGAUUUUAAUCUGCUGAAAAUACUUUUCAUUUACUUGGCCGUUUCUGUUGAUCCCUGUCGUUUACUCCAGAAGGAGAUGGGACCACUUCGGGAUAGUGGUUAAUAAAUAUUGCCUUUAACCGAAACGUACUUGUUAGAAGACGUCUCUAUUUAUUUUUCCCUUGACGUUACUUUUCAGAUAAGCGUAGCAGUCUUGAGAUACUAAUGUAACCUUAGGGAACAAACUAAGCUGAGUCUAAGACUGUCUUCUUUUUACCUGAUCUAUGGGGACCUCGCUCAGAACCAGUGCACUCACGAAAUAACACGCCCUCACACGCGCUCUUUCGUUAGAAAUGGGAUAAAAUUAUGCUGUGUCGUGGUCACAGGAUUGCAAAGGAUUGUUUUCAAAUUAAAUAUUAACAUUUUGAGAAUAAAAAUAACGAUGCUUUUUAAUGCAAUAACGUAUAGGUGCGUUUUAGGAUUUAAAACAAAAAUCCUCUUAUGUUAUGUGUGAAAGAGACAGAGAUGGUCGACCUAAGUGCUGUAUUAUGUUGUAAAUAAUGCGUAUUGAAAAAUCCCUCAUAUGUGUUCUCCUGUUUUGAAGUUAUGAACGUCAACAUAAUUGUAGUUGAAAUUGUUACUCUGUUAAGUCAAGGGCGUAACCCAAUAACUACAUUUAUGUUACAGCAGUUUUGUUGUUCAGCCUGGCUCUGCUGCCGACCUCAGAAGGGGGCAACCCGUUUAGUCCAGGACCGUACACUACGGGGAGCUACACCCUGACUCCAAAAGUCGAUGGCAUUCCAUUGCACACCACAGGUACAGGGUGACUGGUCAAAGGACUUGUCACAACAUGUCACGUGCAGGUGAAAUAAUCUAGGGCGGGGGAAAGGGGUCGUCAGCUUUACCUUCACACUUGAUUAAUACAUUUUUAUUUAAUUUGAUGGCCCCCUUAGCCCAGGGGUCGGGAACCUUUUUGUCUGUGAGAGCCAUGGACACCACAUAUUUAGAAAAGUUAUUCUGUGGGAGCCAUACAUUAUGUUUAAAAAAAUUCAAGUAAAUGUGUGCAUUUUGUGUAAUUUCAACGAUAACAAUGCAAUAAUUAUGUCUCUGAAUCCUUUUAAAUAACAUUGUUAUGCUGUUGCUAAUCAAAGGAGUCUAAUGAUCUUCGAGCCAGAUGCAGCCAUCAAUGGAGCCACAUCUGGCUCGCGAGCCAUAGGUUCCCGACACCUGCCUUAGCCGCUGCCACUGCAAGGGGUACCAUAUAUUUAAUGGGCCCACUAAAUAAAACCAUCAACUUUGAAUGGAAAGGGCUCAAACCCGAAAAGUUGCUGGAGAGCCUCAUAAAGUCAGGCGACACUGUCAGCUUAGACAGUAUUUCUUAAAAUGAUUCCAAUCUGUUUGCAUUUCAGCUGAACUGUGAACGGAACAGCGGUUAUAAAAUAAUCAAUAAUCAACAAGAGAGAUAUUUUAGUCAGUGUCUGUCAAAUUAAAGUGUCUUUCUCUUCUCGAGCAUACCUUAUAUCAUUUUUUUUCUCUGAAAUAAAACAAACAGGGUAGGUGAAUACCUGAAUUAAGCCACACAGAAUAAUUAAGGUAAGACACACACGGUAGGUGAAUACCUGAGGUAAGACACACAGGGUAGGGAAAUAUCUGAAAAAAGACCCACGGAGUAGGGGAAUAACUAAAAAAAGACACACGGAGUAGGGAAAUACCUAAAAUAAGACACACAGAGUAGGGGGAUACCUAAAAUAAGACACACACCGUAGGGGAAUACCUGAAAUAAGACUAUUCAUUACAACGAACGUGUCAGCAAGAAGAGCUUCUUUUAAAUCAACAGAAACCGUGCAAAUGGGAAAAAAUACAUUAGAACAUAUCUUAUGUGGAGUCCGAGACAACGUUCAAGUGAAAGCUUUUUUUCUCUCAACUGUUUAAUAAUCCUUUCAAUGAUUAACGACGAGCUGGCAAUAGUUGACAUCUCCUUGCUGUACUUCGGGUAGGGCUCGUCAUUGUUGUUCCCCCAGUUGGGGCUAUUCAUAGCUAUAGUUCGGGUAUAGGGCUAUUCCUUGAUGUACUUCCGAUAAGGUUCGACCUGGCUGUACCCCGGGAAGGCCUAUUCUUGCUGUACUUCGGGUAGGGGUGUCACUGCUGUAACCAGGGAAGGGUGUUCCUCAAACUUGUGUCCAAAUCGACAGCCCCAAACUGUAACCUGGGCGUUAACCCCAACUUUAACCGUGCUAAACCGACCCCCCCCCCAAAAAAAAAGCAACCGCUCUCCCCCGUGAUGCUAACUGUACUCGAACGCCUACCCUCCACAGUGUAUCACCCACAGGCACAGGGCACGUUCCCGCCAAUCGUGUUCAUUGGUGGAAUGUAUGGCUACAUGUUCGCUGAGGCCUACUCCACCUUCAUGGCCGACCUGGCCAGCCACGGGUACAUCAUCCUAGGGAUAGACAGGAUUAACCCUCCUCCCCUGGCCAAGACUGGGCAAGUUACCACGGAUGACGACAGACCAUGGUCAAAUUUAGAGGUUGGAUCUGUCGAGUUGUAUCUGAACACAACCAACUGGGUGAGUGGCGGUGCACUGGUAAAAUAUGGUAAUAACAGCAUAUUGGUAAUAAUAGCAUAUUGGUAAUAACAGCAUAUUGGUAAUAAUAGCAUAUUGGUAAUAAUAGCAUAUUGGUAACAAUAGCAUAUUGGUAACAAUAGCAUAUUGGUAAUAAUAGCACUUUGGUAACAAUAACACAUUGGUAAUAAUAAUAGCACAUUGGUAAUAAUAGCAUAUUGGUAAUAACAGCAUAUUGGUAAUAACAGCACACUAGUAAAAAUAGCAUUUUUGUAAUAAUAACAUAUUGGUAAUAAAACAUAUUGCUAAUAACAGCAUGUUGGUAAUAAUAGCAUAAUGGUAAUAGCAUCAUUUAAAAAGUCUACGUGAUGAAACAAGUAACAAGCACACGAUGAAAUAGCAUGUAGGUAAUUUUUUUUAAAAAAACGUAGAAUCUCACGCAAAUAUAAAAUAGAACACUUUCUUAACAAUAUAAAAUAGUACUGAAAAGAUACACAUAUUAUAUAAAAAGGGAAAUAAUGGCGCUUUUUUAAACACCCAAAACAAGAAUUCUCCAGAAUAAAUAAACACAGAACAUUAUUAUUAUUUUGUUUUUUGUUGAAAGUACGUGUUUCAAAAUCAAAUUAAAAAAAAAAGUACCUACCAUUUUUAAUUUAUGCCUUCUGACUUGAUGGUUUAAAGAUUUUUGACGUUGUGGAAUACAGUUAGAUCUAGCCCAGUCGGAGAGCAGCACUUUUUUUAACGAAUCCCCAGUAGUUAUGCAUACAGUUAGCCAAGUCGGAGAGCAGCACUUUUUUUUAACGAAUCCCCUUUAGUUAUGCAUACAGUUAGCCAAGUCGGAGAGCAGCACUUUUUUUAACGAAUCCCCUUUAGUUAUGCAUACAGUUAGCCAAGUCGGAGAGCAGCACUUUUUUUAACGAAUCCCCAGUAGUUAAUCAAGAAACCAUCGCAGGCUUAGCAAGCACCUCUUUUUCCUUGUUGAUGCAAAUAGUGAUGUGAUGGCACGCUCCAAAAACUGAACAUAUUAACUCUGUUUUCAAUUAACUUCCUAUCUUCGCCCUGCUUACGUACUCUGCCAACCGUGUAUGCUGAUAUUGUUGUUGUUGUCCUUCUAAGCUUCGUACACAUCCCAGCAACACGUCAGCUGUUUUUGAUUGGUCCAGAACCGUGUUGAUGUGUCACUCGGCCGGCUGUGACGACACGCUGGUCAUGGUCAACGUGAGCCGCUCGUUGGCGCAGGUGAGGCAGUGGUGCAGGUGGGGCAGUGGCGCAGGUGAGGCAGUGGUGCAGGUGAGGCAGUGGUGCAGGUGAGGCAGUGGCGCAGGUGAGGCAGUGGCGCAGGUGAGGCAGUGGUGCAGGUGAGGCAGUGGUGCAGGUGAGGCAGUGGUGCAGGUGAGGCAGUGGUGCAGGUGAGGCAGUGGUGCAGCUGAGGCAGUGGUGCAGAGUGCAGGUGAUGCAGUGGUGUAGGUGAGGCAGUGAUGCAGUUGAGGCAGUGGUGCAGGUGAGGCAGAGGCACAGGUGAGGCAGUGGUGCAGGUGAGGCAGUGGUGCAGGUGAGGCAGUGGUGUAGGUGAGGCAGUGAUGCAGGUGAGGCAGUGGCGCAGGUGAGGCAGUGGCGCAGGUGAGGCAGUGGCGCAGGUGAGGCAGUGGCGCACGUGAGGCAGUGGUGCAGGUGAGGCAGUGGCGCAGGUGAGGCAGUGGUGCAGGUAAAUCAAACACUAUUCGGUGGUCUCGAUCGAACUUUCGGGGACAACAGAUUCAAUGCCCCCCCCCCGCCCCCAGGGAGGCAUAUAUUACAAGGAAUCUCAUCAUCAAGGAUCAGCCACUCUAUAGGUGGGUCUUUAAUUAAUUUAACUUUCACAAAAUGAUCAAGGCCAGGCUGUCGAUGGAUUAUAUCCUGUUCCAAAGAUGGAAACACAAACAUUAGUCAGCUGCAUAGUUGGUUCUCACAAUGGGGUUUUUAAGGCCCUCUUAGCUGUUUAAGGGUAUCUCCAAGUCAGUAAGAGUAGCUGAAGUAUCUGACGCCCAGGAUGGUCUUUGAUUUUGCCGCCCCUAAGCAACAAAAAGGACAUUGCAUACAUAUUGCACAUAUAAAAUAAGUUAUGUGAAGUCUAUAAAGUAGACCGAAAAUGUCACCCGCCCCCCACCUUUGAAAAAAAAAAGUUCUGACCACUCCAUCGCCCUUGUGUAUAGUUAGUUCAUGAGUUAGUCCCCUUUGAUCAGCUGAAAAUAACAUAGGAUUAUUUUUUUAAAAAACACUAUGCAGUUAGAGGGAGAUAAUCUCAGCAUCAAAGCUUGGCCACUCCAUAUUUGGCUCAUGAAUACAUUUAAAUUUGACAGGCUGAUCGCUCAGAGAGAGAGAGAUAAUAAUAUGUUCUGUGUGUUCUGGCGUGUUCGCAAUAUUUAUUUACGUGAAGUUCACUUCCCAGGCUUCCGUCCACCUUGACCCCAUGAGCGUCAACUCGUUGAUUCUGCAUCCGGUUGUGUCUCGUGUAAAGACGUUGGCGUACAUGUCGCAGCUGUCCGAGGAGAAGCCGGAGUGCUGUAUACCAGGGACGGACUACAGGAAAAUAUAUGACCUCAUGACCUGUGUCAAGGUCAGAAUGCAGGUCAAGGACUUUGGGCACUGUGACAUUCUCAAUCAACCUUACUGGGAAGGUAAGUAAAUAUUUUACAAAUAAAUUCAAUGGCAUUUUGAAAUCACGCAGUCAAUUUUGUACCGGAAAUAUUAGUGCAUUUUCAUAUGUAAACUUUGACCUUUGACCUGCCGUCCUCCAAAGCCCAGUUCUUAAAAACAUUCCAACUGUUCUUGCAAUUUUCGCCAUUUUGUAUGGGCAACACGAGAUAACCUUAAUACCGUAUUCAUGUCUUGGUAUUAGGCGUGUGUGUGUAUGUGAUGGGAAGGGGAGGAGUUAUCUUCUAAUCUUAACAAAUUCUGAACUUGAGUUAAUACAGCAAGAGCUUUCACCAUAUCUCCACACAUACACACACACAUACACGCCAACAUACACCCCAACAUACACCAACACACACACACCCUUUCAAAUUCGUUAAUGCUUAAAAAAGGGGGCAAAACUUCUCUGGCGAGAUCUGUCAGCGACACAGCCCGGUGGGCUGAUGACAGAACCAGUUCAACUUUGUCAUCACCAAUUCUUAUCACUGUAACUCACAUCGACAUUAAAGAGGGGCUUAACUAAACCAAGAAGAAGAACAAUCAAAUGGGCUAACGCAGUUGUGAUGGAAUUAUUUGAAAACUUAUGUCCUAAAAACUAUACCAUUUAAACAUGUCAGGCCAUUAUCUUCAGUUAUAUAAGCGAUGCUACCAAACUAACAAACCCAAUUCCAUGGACGAUUCUACCAAUCUGGUAACUUCAAUUUCAUGAACAAUCAAAAUUUCAUUAUAAGUAUGCCAUUACCAGUUUUAAUAAAGUUAUUGCGCAACCUUGCUUUUCAAUGGUUUAAAAAAAAUAUUUUUUUUUACAUUUUUUUUUUUUUAAAAAAUACCAAACUUAGGAAAUCGAUCCUGUUUUUUUUUUUUUUUAUUUCCAAGUUAAUUGUAUUUAAUACUGGUGGCUCUUAGCAAAGGUAGUCAAAAAUCCAUACUUUUAUGAACAUUGAAUGAAUUUAUCAAAUUUUUUUUUUGUUAAAUGGUUUAAAAAAAAUAUUUUUUUUUACAUUUUUUUUUUUUUAAAAAAUACCAAACUUAGGAAAUCGAUCCUGUUUUUUUUUUUUUUAAUGUCCAAGUUAAUUGUAUUUAAUACUGGUGGCUCUUAGCAAAGGUAGUCAAACAUCCAUACUUUUAUGAACAGUGAAUGAAUUUAUCAAAUUCUUUCUUUGUUAUAUUUUCAUUUCUAUUGUUGGCUGAUGAAGGCUUUAUGCCGAAACGUCCUUGUUUUUUGUCCUGUUACCUUAUUUCAAGCUUCCACAUACCUCGUUUCACUAUUUCAUUCAUUUAUGAAUUUAUCAACAGCCUAAAAUUAUCAACAGUCUGUAACUUUAUCAACAGUCUGUACAAAUUCUUUUGCAGUGAUCAAGGUUGGGAAAUCUCAACCUUUGUAAUUUUUUUUAUUUUCCAACUUUGAUCAUGUAUAUACCAUAAACCAACGUUAUUACAUAACCGUUAAGCUAUCUGGGCCAAAAAGCGGCAAGCACGAUUAGAGCAUCCAGGACGCUCGCACUCAAAGAGUUCAAAUAAUAAAUGUAUACCGACCCUGAAACAAAUAAAUGUAUACCGACCCUGAAAGUAAUCAAUGUAUACCGACCCUGAAACUAAUAUAUGUAUACCGACCCUGAAACUAAUAUAUGUAUACCGACCCUGACACUAAUAUAUGUAUACCGACCCUGAAACAAAUAAAAUGUAUACCGACCCUUUAAUUGCAAUGCUGUGAAUUAAAUUACUGGUUUUUUUUUUUAAAUUUCAGCUUGUCACGUGGCUAAGGUUUGUCGCACCACCAACGACACCAGACUGCCGUCCUACAGGGACUUCACUACCGGUGUCAUCGAUGCCUUUCUGCAGUGGACACUGGACGGCAAUCAAGACAUGGAGAGAUACGUGGUCAACCAGACGUACAUGCCGUUACCUUUGGUGGACCUGGCAUACGAUAUCUCCUGUUGAAUUUGGACUUGGCUUACGAUAUCUCCCGUUAAGCUCCGGACCUGGCGUACAAUAUCUGAUGUUGAGCUUGAACCCAUCUACCGCUAAACUUAUUCGCAAAGACUAUAAAUAUGCCAUGACACGAAAUAGACAAACCUCUUCAAGUGGAAUGUGAGGUUGUGCAGAAGACAGCAGCUUUGAAUUUUCGAUGAAUGUCCAUGUAUGGAGCAUUAUAAAACGAAUCGUGUAUCCCGUGCAUUUACUACCAGAGACUUUGUUUCCAAAAUUGUAUUCCUCCGAUAAAUGUUACGUCAUUAAUUUGAAUCGCGGAUUAUUAUUAUAAUUAUUAAAAUGGUCAUACAUAGAGCAGUACACCAGCUAGGCUCACCGCGCUUCACAUAUAAUUUAGCAGCUACAUUAUACAUUUAAAAACAGCUUUGUCGAAAGGCUAGAGAUCUCACACACCCCAAGUACUUUCUACUCCUGUCUAAACAUGAACGGCUACCAGCAGCAGCAUCAAGCGUUGUUCAUCAGUCAGGGAGUAGGGUGAGAAUGAGUCGGUAUGGCAGAGUUUGAAGAAAGUUAUCUUGAGGACAAUUUUGAAGGUUUGGAUGGUCGGUAUAUUGCGGAUGUGUAAUGGGAGAGGCUUCCAAUGUUUAGGGGGCGCAGAAAGAAAAAGAUCUUUCACCGUGUGAUUUAGUGCGUGUCCUAGGAGCAGAAAGAAUACGCGUGUCUGCGGAGGAAAGAAGCUUUCGAAGGGGUGACUAGACUGAAAGAAGUUUCUAUUAAUGUCCUAUGUGAUAGAUGUUUUUGUGUGUGUAUGAUUGUGUGAGCGCGUGUGUAUGUCAUGAGUGUGUAUGUUACCUUCUGUUGUUAUCAUCUUUCACUAAACCAAAGAGAAAACCAGGUAUUAAUUUCAUAAAACAGAUACCCUAAUUUUUGCAUUAUGAUUUUAAAAAGUAAAUACAAUAAUUGCUGGCAUUGCCGCACUCUUAAACAAGGUUAGCUGAAUUCCAGGAGAUCACUUCCUAAAAUCGACUUUCUUUUCUAUGAAAUCCGAUAUCACUUUGUUUUAAUACACGUGUGGUCAUUUUUCAGUUAACAAUUUGGCUUAAGUACAUAUAUAAUCAUCAACGUUGACCUUCAAGAAUUAUAUAUUUAAUUACCUGCACUGCAUUUAUUUUUAUUUAUAAUUCAUCUGGUUCGGUUCAUGCUGGAGGACAGUUAAUUGUAUAAAAUACAAUUUUAUUGAGAUUAAAAUUAAUUACAAUGAAAAAUAUGAUAAUUUGGAAAGAAAUUACUACACGCUUCACUGGGUUCGUCUUGGCGUGUCAAGUGCUAGAACGAAACUGUGAGAGCAAAAUCGUAUUAUAAAAUUAUAAUAAUUUAAAUAAUAAUUUAAUAAUUAUAAAAUGAUUAAAAAUAUAACAAAUCCGGUUAUAGCAUCUCUGAAUAACACUCAAAUGCUUUUAGGUUAGGGAUGUCUGCCUUCUUGCAUUUCAGUAUGUUAUAAUUGUACAAGAAGAAAUAUUAUUUGAUUUUUAGUUCACUGCAAACUCAUUCAUUAAAUUAUCCACAAUCUAUAUAUAUAUAUAUAUAAUUCGCCAGCAAAGGUCAAACAAGACGGGUCAAACACCACACAGGCUAUUUUUAGAUACAACAGAGUGUGGUUCAACAAUGAGUUCACUAGCGCGCAAAAUAUAAUUCCCGAUAACUACGCUAAAUGAUCUAUAUCUAUUUUUAAUAACGCAAUUGCGUUUGGUGCGUAAUAUUUUCUUUUCGGAAAUGAAAUCGUCUCAAUUUUAGUAUUUUAAAAAAUAUUCGGUUUAAAAGAGGUUGGGACAUGAGAAUAUUAAUAUAGUUCAUGGGCGUGAAAUAAAAAGUCUGCAGUGACGUAUCAUGGGGGAAGGGUGUAGCAAAUAUUGGGAUUCUUAAAUGUGCGUAACUUGAGUUCACGUUUUGUCAACUAACUUUAGUAGAUUGGAAGUUCACGCCGCCAAGUUUGGCGGGCUCUAUCUAGUAAUUUAUAAUUAUGUUACAAAGAUUAUUUCCAACUUUAUUUAGAGAAGUGUAUAAUGGGAUUAUCUUGUUUUAUAAAAAAAAGAACUUACAAUAACUAUAAAUACAGUAAUUUAAAAAAAAAAUCAUAUACAAUAGAAACAACAAAU